UAUGCUUAAUAAAAAUCAACUUCCAUUACUACCAAACUCUACCCAACUUCCUAUUACAACAAAUACUUAACCAAAUAAAAAUAACUCAUAAAUCUCUGUUCAAGAUGCAACUUCCAUGAAAUAAAGUGGUACUUCUGCUAAUUUGACAUUAAACCUUACUAAAACAAGAAUAACCCGAUAUCAAGAUACGUCGUAUUUGAAAUAGAAAACUGUCAUCCCAACUUCAUUAAGUACCUUAAUUGAUGAUCCAAAGCUUCAUGAAUAUGUAAUUGUUUUCCUAUAGCCAAGACCUAAUCAAGAUUAAAAACUAAUUUCUAUGGAACCAUGUAUAGAAAUUCUUAGAGUAUGACAUCUUACAAAACCAAUUUUACAGAAUUAGAUUCUAAAGAUGGUACUCUAGAUUUAAAUCCACUUCUCAAAAAUGUUAAAUCAUCAUAAUUACAAACAUAUUUGAAGAAGAUCAUUCAAUAAUAAAGUGAUAAGAUUUAACUCUCUACUACUUUACCCAAUAGAUAAAUGGCCAUUGAUUUAUAAUAAUGGUUUGAUUUUAUGAUUUCUAAAGUAAAGUAGUCAGUUUUGCUGUAAAAUUGCAAUACUCAAAUUAUAGCUGAAGAAAUUGCUCUCAUAUAUUCAUCCUGUCUAAAAGAGAUCAUUAGAUAAGUUUCAUUAGAAUGUAAGGAACGUGGAUGCUUACUCGAAAAAGUUUGGAAUUCUUAUAUUGCUUUAAUUGAUCAAUUAAUUUCAAAUAUUAAUAAAACCUAUUCAGAAAACCUUUUAAAUUAAUAAUAAUAAUAAUAGAUAAAUUCAUCCCAAAAGAACUUUUUAGAUGAUUAUAAUCAUUUAUAAUUAUUAUUGUAACAACUUAAAACUGAAAAAGAAGCUCUAGAAAAAAAAAAUAACUUCUUAGAGGAAAAAAUUAAAAAAUAAAAAGAAGAAAUUUCUUUACUUUAGUAAACAGUUGAAUAAAUUACAGAAGAUUAAAAAUAAUUCUAAAAUCUUUAAAAUCAUUCAAAUGAAAUAACUACUCAAAUACAACAACCUACUUUUUCCAAUUUCUAACUUAAACAUUUACAAAGUAUUUAAGAAGGAAAGUCUAUUGUAUCACAUAUUAUGACAAAAAAAGCAGUAAUACCAAUUCAUCUUAAAAAUAAAAGUCUUUCACCAAUACAAAUUGCUAAGACUCUAGAUGAUGAAUAAAGUAAAACUCCAUUGUCUUAGCUUUAACUUGAAUUUGAUAAUAUGGAAGAUUCUUAAUUAAUUAAGAUAAAAAAAUAUCAAAGAAAAUCCAAUUUAAUUUAAAAUGUUGUCAUUGAUGAAAGUAUUUUAUUUUCAUAAUAUUAAUUACUUUAGGAUCUAUAUAAACAGAUAAAAUGAUUUUUAGUAGCAUACCCAUUUUAAAUGAUUUUAUUCAUAAUUUUAUAAAUUAUGGAAUAAAAGCUAUUUAUGAUGAAGUUAAAGAGGAUGAAUAUCGAGAAUCAAUUCAAAUAGUAAGAUGUGCAACUUCUAUUUCAAUAGCUUAAGAAGAUUUUGUUAUUGAAACUAUUAAUAAAUCAAAAAUCAAAUAAAAAGCCUUUGAAGAAUUAUAAGCAUAUUUAUCUAAUCUUAAUGAUAAAUAUUAAGAAUUUCAAUAAAAACAUAUAGAAUAAAUGUUAUAAAUAAAAGAGCAUAAAGUAGUUGCUUAAAAUUUAGAAUAAAAUCUAAAAGAAGCUACAUAAGAUUUUGUAGAAAUUCUAAAAGAAAAAUAAUUGACCAUUAAAAGUUUAAAACAUGGUUAAACUUUAUUAUUAAAAAAAAUCAAUUCAAUAAGUUAAGAUUAAUUAUCAUCUAAACGUUCACCACAAUUUGCUUCUCCAUCCAGAAAAACUCCAAAUUUUAAACAUACAUUUGACUUUAAUAAGGAAGCAAUAUCUAAAGAAAUUGAUAUAGUAAAAGUAGAAAUGGAUGAUGAAAAUAGCUCAAUAAAAUCUGAUGAAAAAGAUAAAAUUAAUUAAACAUUUUAAAUAAAUAAUGAAGUCUUACAUUUAAAUAUUCUUGAAGAUCAAGAAGAAAAUGAUGUUUAAUUAUAAACUGAAGAAAAAUAAGAUGAAUUUAAUUUAGAUACAUCUGUUUAACCUGAAGAUGAUAAUUCAUUAAUUGAAUAGAAAUCUGAAAUAACAUAAUCCUUAUAAUUAGAUAGUCAAAAAGUUGAUGAAAAUAGAUUGAGUAAUGUGAAGGAUCUUAUCUAAAAAUUUGGAUUAUAAAGGUAAUCUACAAAGAAAUUAACUAAACCAAUUCAGAUGAGACUUUCUUUAUUAAGUGAACUCAAACAAGAUAAAAAAAAAGUAAAACGUAUUUAUAGUCAGAACACAGAUGCUGCUAAUUAAUUAAUGAAAGAAUUAAUAGCAAAAACACCUACUAAAAAAAGUGUAAGAAUUCCAAUAAUUCCUAUUAUUUAGUUAUAAAAAAUAUUUUAUACACUUAUUUUGGAUGCUUCUAAAAAUCCAGAAGGAUACAAGAUUCCUCUUCAUAUUAGUAUUUAUGAUUAUUUUUUAAAGAAAUAUGGUUUUAAAAAUGUUGCAGAAAAAAAAAUAAAAUAAAUUUUUUAAUAUAUAUGUAGUAAAAUGGAAACUCAACCUAAAAUGCAAUUCAUUGCUAGACUUUGUUAUAUGCAUGGAGAAAUGGAUGAAGCAAUAUAUAAAUAGGUAGUUGAAACUGUUAAAUAUUUUAAUUCUAAAGAAAUUAAUUUUCUGAAGAAUGAUUUGAUUAUUCAAUAAGAUUAGAUGACUGAAUAUUGUCAUGAAUAUUUGACUAAUUUUCUUGGAUAAAGUACUAUUAACUCAUAUUUGAAUUCUUUAAAACUUAAAAAAGAAUUAUCAUUUGAAUCAGAAAUGAUCUCUAUAUUGAAUCUAUAUUUUUCAAAAAAGAAGCAAUGUGAAGAUUCUUUACAAUUGAUAUUUUAAGCUGCUGAUCUUGAUGGAAAUUAAUUAAUUGAGUUUUCUGAAUUUAAAACACUUUAUAAAGCAAUUCAUCCUGAUUUAUAUAAUAAAACAUAGGCUUUAAAUUAAUUUAUUACUUUUGCAGAUUUCAUUGAUGAAAAUACAAAAGAUAAAAUGAUUACAUUAGAUCGUUUUGCUGAAAUGGCUAUAGAAUUAAAUUUAUUUAAUAGAGAUAAAAUUAAUUAAUAUAGUCAAGGUAGCUAAUCUUUAAUUCAUGAAUGGAAUGAAAACAAGAAUUUAAUUAAAUAUCGUUAUUUAGUUUCCAAUAAUUACCAUAAAGUUAAAUACACAUUUAAUUUACUAACAGAAUAAAUUUAAUUUUAUUAAUAAAAAAAAAGCUGCAGUCAUUCAAUAUAAAGUAUUUUUUAUAUUUAUAUAAUCAGUUCUGUGGGUGAGCUAUAAAUUAUUAUUCGAGAGAUCAUAAAGAGUCAUUUUAAAGUAAAUAUCAAAUAUUAAUUUUAGUUAUGAAUUAAAAUAACUUAUGGGGGAUGUUGCUCCUUAAGAGUUUGCUUAAAUAUCCUAAAUAUAUAAUGCAAUAGCAGAAAUAAAUUUAUGA